CUCAGUCUGCAGCCGGACCCGGGACGCAACACAACAAGGUAAUAGCAGACAUGGCCCGGCGCGUGGCCCUGCUCGGCGCCGUGUGGGCGCUGAGCCUGGCGCUCGCAGCCACCCCGGCGCAGGCCAAAGGGACGUACACCAUCGUGGCCCCGCGCACGCUGCGCCCGGACUCGGGCUUCCACGUGGCGGUGACGACGCAGGGCGCGUCGCAGCCCACGAGCGUCACGCUCGAGGUAUCGGGCCGCCAGGACUCGGGUGGCAACCAGCGCGUCGUGCAGACCAUCCUGGUGGAGCCGUUCGCCACGCGCACGGCGCGCCUCGACAUCCCGGACCUGGGGCCGGGCGAGUACCGGCUCUCGGCGCGCGGCCAGGGCGGCGUCGACUUCGACAACAGCACCGCGCUCGACUACGUGCACAAGAGCUACUCGGUGUGGGUGCAGACCGACAGGGCCGUGUACAAGCCCGGCCACCUCGUGCAGUUCCGCGUGCUCGCCCUCAACCCGCUGCUCAAGCCCAGCGUGGCGCAGCCGCUCGACAUCUACAUCGCCGACGGCAAAGGACACCGCGUCAAGGAGUGGCGACGCGUGCCGCUCACCCGGGGCGUCUUCUCCGGGGAGCUGCUGCUCUCCGAGUCGCCCGUCCUGGGCGACUGGAACAUCACCGCCUCCAUCCGGGACCAGUCGUUCGUCCAGAACUUCCAGGUGGCCGAGUACGUGCUGCCCAACUUCGAGGUGACGGCCGACAUCCCCAAGUUCACGACCUACAAGGACGGCAAGAUCUCGGCCACGGUCCGGGCAAGGUACCCCUACGGGAAGCCCGUGCGCGGUGAGGCCACCGUCACGGCCUACCCGACGUACGUCUCUGACGUGCUGCAGCCCGUGUUCGAGGCCCCGGUGCGCAAAGUGGUGCCCAUCGACGGCAAGGUGCUCGUCGAGUUCGACGUCCAGAAGGAGCUCAAGUAAGUCCCCGUUC